AAGUUCUUGGAAAUGGAUCAGAGGCGUUUCCACGAACACGCGCGGCGGUGGCCCCACACGGCUCCCCCUCCCCUCCCUCAUCCCCUCCCUGCCUCCCUCGCCUGCCCGCCAGGAGGGCUCCGCUCCCCUCCCUCCCUCUCUCCCUCCCCGGCCAUGGCAGCAUGGACGCGGCUGUGUUGGACACAGCUAUUUAUACCUUCUCUCUUUUUUUUUCCCCCCUCCCCUCGUGGCUGAUAUAAGAAGAGUGAUGCGAACACAAUACGAUUCCAGGAAUCCCUCACUUCCUGGAACAGAUUAAAAGGGACACACAAAAGAUUACUAAGGAGAGGCUGAACUUGCUGCUUCGGGGAAGCAAAGAAGGCAAGAAGAGGAGAAAUCAUUUCCCACCUUCUUGAAGACCUAAUGCUUUUCCCUUGGUCCGGGAGUGACAUGAUCCUCUGUGUUCAGGGACCUCAUCCUUUGCUGGCGGAGGAAAAGCUCAGGAGCCUGUCACUCAGGGGCAUUGAGGAAUUGUCAGAGCCCAUCAUGCAGCCUCUCCCAGUUAUGGCCUUCCAGGAGGAAUCUGCACCUGCCCUUCCAGCUCCAGUUCCAGACAGCAACCCACCUCAGACACGGGACCCUGAAGAAGACCUUCUGUGCAUUGCAAAGACCUUCUCCUACCUGCGAGAAUCUGGCUGGUACUGGGGCUCCAUCACGGCCAGCGAGGCCAAGCAGCACCUGCAGAAGAUGCCCGAGGGCACGUUCCUGGUGCGGGACAGCACCCACCCCAGCUACCUGUUCACGCUGUCGGUCAAGACCAACCGCGGGCCCACCAACGUGCGCAUCGAGUACACGGACAGCAGGUUCCGCCUGGACUCCAACUACCUGUCCAAGCCUCGCAUCCUGGCCUUCCCCGACGUGCUCAGCCUCAUCCAGCACUACGUCACGUCCUGCUCCUCGGAGAGCAAGAGCGAGGCUCCCUACCCGCCCCCCGCCCCUCUGCCCCCCCUGCAGAAGGAGAUGGCGGCGGCUGCCGUGCACCUGAAGCUGCUGCGGCCGCUGUGCCGCAAGGACAGCCUUCCCAGCCUGCAGCACCUGUGCCGCCUGCGCAUCAACAAGUGCACGGCCCAGGCGGAGCAGCUGCCGCUGCCCCGGCGCAUGGCCGAGUACCUGAAGCAAUAUCCUUUCCAGCUCUGAGCUGGGGCUCCUCUCUCAGGCACUAAUGACAGACACACGACCGCGAGAACUCGGUGUCUCCGUCCCGCUGGAGGUGGGCACGGCCAAGGCCUGAUUGUCGGCAGAGACUGCAUCCAUCUUUCCUCUCCCUUCUCUUCACAUCCAUUCCAGCCCCAGGGAGGAGUGGCUUGUUUCAGUGAGCAGCGGGGCAGCAGCUGAGCUCUGACCCUCGGGCCGUGCCGGCAGUGGCUGUGAGAAGCUCUGUGGGCAUGGCCACACUACUUGAAUGUCAGAGCUGCUGUGACACCGGACAUGUUAACGUUGUUAUUUUUGCUAUUUAUUUCCAUGGCAGUUUCUCUCCUCAUGGUAUUUUUAAAGCACCUUUUACUUUA